UUUUGUUAUAGAGAUUUACUGUUUAAGCUAAUAUUUGUUAGUUCUCUCAAUGUUUUCAUCUAUGUACUGCCACACGGAAACAAAAAAAGUAUCUGCAUGGAAAGAGGAUAAUUGGUGGGAACCCUGUAUAACGAAGGUGACCCCGUACUCUCUUCUUCCCGAUACAAUUUGUGGAGAAUGCGCGGAGAGCGUAGACGCUUUCUACAUGUUCAUAAAGAACUGUAUACAAAACAUUAUAAUUUUAGAAGCACAAUAUGAUAUACAGGAAUCCUGUUUAAAAUCUAAACAGAAAAGAGAUAAAAGCUGCUUCGUCGAUUUCAGCCAUAAAAAGAUCAAUAGAGGAAGUCAGACGGACGACAGUUUGGACGUUUUAUUUGGAAAGAAUUUCGAUAUCGACGAAUUUAGAAACAGUUUUCCUCACACGACUAAUUAUCUGAGCAAUCCGAGCAGUUUGAUGUCCCAAAAUGAGAUUCGUUUGGUUGAUUAUGAUAUUGAUUCCGAAUCUAGUCUUGAUGAACACUUUGACGGUAAAGGAGAAAUUAUUCUAUGUGAUAAAUUGCAGUCGUUUAAUAAAAUUUGCAAAUUAGUCGAUUCUUAUACUAAUAGGCGAGUAUUUCCGACGAAAACCAACUAUUUCGAUGAUACCGAAACAAAUUUGAUCAGCGAAAUAUCCCAAAGAAAAAAUCUUAAAAGGAAAAAUGAAUUUAUUGAAACGUACAAACCAAAAAUUUACAAACUCGAUACUUCUAAUAGAAGAAAAAAUAAGAUACCAAAGAAAUUAGAUACCCAAGAUAUUAGAGAAGAAAAUUUUAAUCGCGAAAAUCUCGUACAAGAUCAGAUCAAGGAGUUGACUAACGGAGAACGGGAAAUCCAACAAAAUACAAACGAAAAGCUGCUGUCUUCUUUACCCCAAAGUUGUUUAUUGUGCGAUACUCAUUUUUCCGAUUCUUCAGCAUUGGCAUCACAUGUAUUCGAAUUCCAUGGUAUCGAUAUGUCAGAAGUUGUAUCUUCGGGAUCGGGCGAAUCGUUACCGGAAAAAGGAAAGAAGAAGUUACCGAAACUCGUGAAAAUAUCUGAUCUCAAAAAGACUGAUUCAAUAGAACAUAACCAAUCUUCCGAACAUCAGCAAAGCUCGAAAUUGUCCUGCCCUAAUUGUUCGGGAGUUUUUACCAGUAAACAAGAUCUCAUGAUGCAUUUAAGACUGAAACACGCACAAAUAGCUGGAUUCGUUUGCGGUAUAUGCCUCCAUCAAUGCUCCUCGUAUAUGAAUUUGAAAACGCAUCUUGAAAAUUGCUCGAAUCCUCAACCAAACACUAAAUAUAUAUGUCAGAUAUGUCGAUACGGCGAUGACAAUUUCAAAUGGUUGGAAAAUCAUGUCUUAGUACACGAUUUUAUAAUAGAAACUUGUAAAAAGCAAAUGAGAAUGUUCGAUCCGGAAGAUUUUAUAGUUAUUAAUGAAGCAUUCGCGGACACUCCGUAUAAAGGUUUGAGUUGCGUAGAUUGUGGUCAAAACGAAUUCUUCUCUUUCAAGGAAUUCAGCGCGCACAGAAGAAACGAACAUUCGAAUUUCCAUUGCGAUCUCUGCAAUAAAUUUUACGGACGAAAUUCUCAUUUAUGGAAACACGUUAAUAGACUGCACAAAGGUCAUCCGAGUAUUACAUGCCAAUUGUGUUACAAGACGUCCGCUUCCAAAUACCAUCUUUCGCAACACUUUAACAAGAUCCAUCUUACUAAAAGUAGCAAAAAAUCUAUGAAUCAAUCAGAAAAACAAACAAAAUUUCCAUUCGAUUAUUCCCCGUUAAAACCAAAAUUUAUCAAAGACGAAUUCGAUUAUCGCAGCGAUAAUUCGAAUAUAAAUUUCGAUGAAGUUGCCAUCAAAGAAGAAUCGGACGAGGAUUCGAAUAAUAUAAAGGACGAGCCACCUAGCGCGCCGAAGGAAAUAGAUUCGUCUCACGAUAUGUACACGAAUAUCAUUACAAAUUAUACGCCGCCAUUGAACGACGGCGAUUUCAAAUGUCCCAAAUGUUCUAAAGGUUUCCACAAAAAAAUGUUGCUAAAAAAACACAAAAAAAAUUGCAGACCUAGGAUGCAGAAAGAUCUACUGACUAGAUGCAAAACUUGUGCUAGGAUAUUCAAAGAUCGUCAAAGCCUCGCUAAACAUUUAGUCAACUACCAUUCCGAAUACACAUGCGAAAUAUGUACCGAAAAAGUCGAAAGCAAAUGCGAAAUAGUGUCGCACAUAAGGUUCAGACAUCCGGGUUGUCCGUUGUUCUGUAGAAUAUGUAAAAACGUAUUGAGAAGCAAGAGCGACCUCCAAGAGCACACGAGAAACCAUUUCGAUUCACAUGUUUGUCAAUUUUGCGGCGAUUCCUUACCGAGUAAAAUCAAAUUGAAGAUGCACAUACUCAGUUUACACCGUAAAAUUCUUAGUUUAUCUUGCGGCAUAUGUUUGAAGUUAUUCGAAAAUCAACAUAUCCUAAGAGAUCACGUUAAGCUGAUCCACAAAAAUCAAUUGACGCCGCUGACUUCGUGUCCGGUUUGUGGAAAAAAUUACGGUUCCAAAUGGAAAACCUACGAUCAUAUCAAUAAAUCUCACGGCAGGAUAUUCAGGGCGUGUAAAACGUGCUUGGAGAUAUUUGAUAAUGAUGCUCAAUUACAGGCGCAUUGUGACGUUACCGCUCAUGGGGGACCGGUCGGUAAUUCUAAUACGGCGGCUCUAAGGAACAGUAUUAUGGCUCAUAUUAAGUCUGCUAUCGAUGAAGUAGUUGAACAAAAUGAUGAAAUCAACGACGAUUCCGAUAGUGAUGACGAGGGUGAAUCUGAUGGCGCUUACAAAAAACAACAAAUUGAGGAAACCAAAUUUUAUUUACCUCAAAACGAUAAAAUAUCCUUAUUGGAAAAGCGAUUAUUGGGUAAAACAAUAACCGACGACGAAACCAAUAUUAAACCGAAACAAACUAUAACUAACAGCAAUAAGAAAAUUAAAAUAUCAAAUAACGAAACAAAAUCCAAAACAACAAACAAAAAAGAAGAUGAAUCGGAUGGUACCAAUCCGCAAACCAACUCGUCGAAACGAACAGUGUACGUCAAUAGUAACGAUCCAUCUUAUUGUGAGAUCUGCUACAAAACCUGGCCGGCGAAAAAGCACCUUUGGCAACAUUACAUACGUUGUCAUAAAAGCGUAGCUGCCACAGUUUGUGGAAUAUGUUUGAAAACCAACGAUAAUUAUAAAGCUCUACAACAUCAUCUGAGAGACAAUCAUCCAAAACUAUUGCACGGUCAAGGUUUCGGUUCAAAUUUUAUAUGCAGGAUAUGCGGAAGGUAUCAUAACGCCAGCUCCAAGUUGAGGUUGCAUAUGGUGAUCCACGAAAAUUUCGAUUGGAAGCUUUUAGAUGAAGAUAAAUCUGACAAUGACAUUAAUCCUAAAUCGACAACAAACGGCUUCAAAUUUACAAAAGGAUCCGAAAGAGAAGAAUACGAUGAUAAUAUCAACUACGAAAGUUUAAUAGAACAAGUAGAAUGUUCUUCACAAUCGGAAAAUGAAGAAUCAGAAAACGAUCAACCCGAUCAACUUAAACAAGAGGUUUCUUCCUCAACUGAAGAUCAAGAAGAGGCAAGCGAAGAUUCAGUUUUAUCAUCCAAUUCAAUACAGGAUGAAAUUGAUAAAAAAAUACCGAUUUCAACGGAACAAGAGACUUCACAACGUCAAGAUUGCCAUUCUAGUGAAGAUUCAAGCACCACUUUUUCUGAUGACAGUAAAAGUGAUUCCUCGGAUGAUUGUUCUCAAGCGUCUCAAUCAAUGUCAUCGCAAAGUAAAUUUAAUCCUAGAUCUAAUUCUAAUACUGCUGAUUCGUCGAUAAGCAGUAAUAUUUUUGAAAGAAAACCGGAAGAACUCGAUUCGGCUAUCAAAUCUAUUAGCUACGAAUGCAUACAACCAGAGGACCUCAACGUAGUCGACGAUUAUUGCGAUUUGCAAAAUAAUUGUUUGAACGAGAACGAAAUCGAAUCCGCGGUUGGUAGUAUCCUUUAAACUUUUGUAUAUAUUUGAAGUUUCCUAUGUUGUAUCUUUCAUUAUAUAAUUUUAAACGUUUUAAGUACGAGGGUUGUCUUUUUAGUUUCGCAUACAUGACCCCCAAUAAAAUUUUUAUCACCCUUCAGAGAGAUUUACACAUUGUUAUUAUAAAACAUUUCCGUAGGACGUAGAUGUCAUCCUCUAUGUUCCUCGUGUCAGUAUAAUACUGUAUGUAUGUUGAUUUAAAGAACUGUAAAAAGACAGCCCUGGUGUAAUAAGGAAUUUAUAGGACGAAAUUUAAUAAAAAAAAGUUCUAAAACACCUAGAAACAUCUGCAUUACCACAUUUGUCAGAUCUAUUGAUAUGCUACAUUCAGAGAAAAUAAACUAAUUAAUAAAUGAAACGUCUUCAAAUAACUUAUAGUAGUAUAGUUAUCAAAAAUUUUAUAUAAAUGACAUUUUUAUUAAAUACCUCCAUACAAAUCAAAAUCGGAUUGAUAGUAGAGAUAUAUAUAUAUAUAUAUAUAUAUAUAUAUAUAUAUAUAUAUAUAUAUAUAUAUAUAUAUAUAUAUAUGUUUAACUGCAUACCGUAAAUUUAGUUUACAGUUUCUCCACCAUGUAAUGAACCAGACGCUGAUCCCCAAACUUUCCUGGUAGUUAAAAAAGUCAUUGUCAAAUUAUAUCUUAGUAUCAUUAAUCGUAAAUAACCAGCGUAAGAAAAACACUGUAACAAAUGACUUGGGGUAAUGAAAACAUUUUGUGCUACCGUUGUUACAGAGGGCGAAUGUGCAGCUUCACCAAUGCACGAAACCUCAACUUUGUGUAUCGAAAUAGGGGCAAAAACGAACUCGGGUAACCAGACUACCCGGCUGUUAUCAAAUGAUUUACAAAUGCGGUUUCUCAUUACUUCUGUAGGUAUUAUCACAAAGGAUAAAAAUAUCUAAUUUCGUCCUUGUUAAUUCCAUUAAACUAUGUAUUUGUGAUGUGAUUCCAUUGUUUUGUAAAAGUGUAUCCUUUGCAUGAAAUGGGCUAAGUCUUAUAGUCCAUGUUCACCAUCUCCUGUUUCUAAUAUAAAAUGGUAUUGAAUUUUUUUACUAGUCGUACGGUUCUCUCUUAUUUUUGCAGUAUAAAGUGCUUCAAAUUUUUUUAUCGAUUUUAUUAAUACAAAAAACACGAUAGAAAUGAAACAGCUUAUCAAGAACAGAAUUGGAACUUUAUAAAUAAGCGGAUUAUAAUUAAAAGGAUAAUAAGACCAGAGUCACAUGUUAUUUUAACUCAGUUAUAUCUGGUAUUUUAUUUUUUAAUGAAAAUAAUAUGAUUGGAAGCAAUCGAAUACGUUUUCUUAACAAAAACACUGGUGUCCUUUUAAUAUUCACAAUGCCAAAUCUUUCAGUCGCUUUAGAUUUGUGGGUUGAAACUUCGAAGGUAAAAAACUUUAAAACGAUGCUACUGAUGUCUGAUGGUAAAAUUAAAUAUUAACUACUUGACAUAUCGUCGUAUGUCUUCCAUCGAGUUGAGUCCACGAUAUUUCGCGGAUGGUUACUAUAAACUCUUCCUUUGAGGUAGCCACAUGGAAAAAGUUUAUGGGAGUCAAGUCGGAUUACCUAGGUGGAUGCGGGAUGGUCUCAAAAUUUGUGUUAAUAGUCCUGCGUAAGGUAAGGUAAGGUAAGCAUUCCGUGAAAAAUUCUUGGCUCGGAUCAAUUAAUAGAAAAGCAGAUAUUGGAACCUAAUUUUUUCACUCACUUUAAUUCCAGAAAACGCAACGGUUAAUAAUCAUAUCCUCCAAGUUCUUGAUUUAUGUUUCAAGUUGAAAAUUUAUCAAAUUUAUCAUUUGCCAUCAUCAAUAUACAAGAACCAAACCUAUUUUAUGUUGAAACUAGAAGCUAAAUUAGACAAUGGAGAAAUAAAAAUAUUUGCUUAUAUGAGUUACCCUCCCAGUUUUAAUAUUUUAUAGUUUGCUUUGUUAUAAUUAUAUAUCGCCAUUAAUUUUUUUAUAUAUUUAGUAAUAUAAAACAUAUUACUCUACCAUAAAAGUAUUAACACAUUUUGGAAUGAAAGUGGCAAAGUCCAAAAUAUAUAUUGUCCGAUUCGUUUACCAACCCUGUAUAUUUGAGGGUACUAAACGUUCAGGGAUGUUUUAAACACUUUAGAACAUGAUGUAGGAAUUAGACCUACAAAAUAACAACAAUAAUUACCAUAUUUUUGUAUUUGUGUCUUUUUUGUUUUAUUUAAAAGACUGAUUUCUUCGGUACUAUAAAUAUUUGAACGUAUUUUUCUAUUUAUUUCAAUUGAAAUUUUAGUAUAAGUAAUAUCAAUUCAACUCAAAUCAUUCCUUUCUCAUACUCAUUAUGGUUAGUAAAUAAAUGUAAAUAAAGUAAAAUAAUAAACUAUUUU